AUGUUAUCGGAACUCGGUAUACGCUAUUUACUUCUUGGCCUCUUCACUAUUUCAAUUAGUGCUCGAAUUAUUCCAUUAGAAAAUGUAGCUAAUGAACCACUUACCAUCGAUAUCAUAUCAACUAAUAAUAUGCCUAUCGUUCCGGCCAUGCCAACAAUGGAUCAGGCUAUUCAAGUUCCUAUAUCACCAAAACUUUUUCAUAAAUCAGUAUGCUAUCCAAUUGUUGGUUGCUACGAUAAUAAAGAGCCCUACAAUAAUGCCGCCCUAGAAAUACCACAAUCACCUGAACAUAUCGAUACACAUUUUCUUCUAUUUACACAAGAAACGCCUACAACACCAGAAUUUCUAUCCUAUGAUGGUAAUGAUCAAUCCAUUAAAGAAUCAAGUAUUAAUUCUUCUCGAUGGUUACGAAUUAUUGUUCAUGGUUUCGCAAAUAAUCGAAAUAGUAUUUGGAUAAAACCACUUCAAGACGAAUUAUUCAAAUUAAAAGAUAAAGAAUUCUCGGACGUACUGGUUGUUGAUUGGAGCAAUGGUGCAAAAUUACCAUUCUAUCCUCAUGCUGCUUCAAAUACACGUCUGGUUGGCAAACAAAUCGGUUUACUUUUACAAAAAUUAAAUAAUAUCAAAGGACUUUCAUAUGAUAAAGUUCACUGUAUAGGACAUAGUCUCGGAGCGCAUACAUGUGGUUUAGCCUCAAACACAAUAAAUAAUCAAAUGGCUCGUAUUUCGGGCCUUGAUCCAGCUGGCCCACUGUUCGAAGGAAAAGAUGUUGUACUUCGUCUUGAUAAAAAUGACGCGAAAUUCGUCGAUAUUAUUCAUUCAAAUACAGAAUUAGCGCUUGGUGUUGGUCUUGGAUCAAGUGAACCAUCGGGACAUGUAGACUUCUAUGCUAAUGGUGGACGAUCUCAACCAGGCUGUCCUUCAGUGAAUACACUUAUCGGUGAUAUAUUUGUUGGGCAGAGUCAAGUUGCUUUUGAACAGACAUCAUGUUCACAUUCUCGUUCACAUGAAUAUUUUACUGAAUCAAUCAAUUCUGAAUGUCCAUAUAAUGCCUUUCCAUGUCAUGACUAUGAGAGUUUUGUCAAUGGUGAAUGUGUUCAAUGUUCAACAUCAGGUUGUGCUCAAAUGGGUUUUCAUUCGAUUUAUUCACUUGGCCGUGGUAAUAUGUACUUAACAACAAAGAGUUCGUCGCCGUUUUGUGGUCAUCAUUAUUUGAUUGAACUUGGUCUCGAUCGAGAUAUGAGUACGGCCCAUGGUGAAAUUCUUGUUUCGAUUCAUUCGAAUUUCGAAAUGUUAACCAAUACCAGUAUGACUUUGAAAUCCGACGUUGAUAUAAAAGCUGGUGAUGUCUUUCAUCAUGUUUUCAGUUUCAAUACUAACUUUGAUAAAGUCGAUUAUGCUAUUGUACAUUUUAAUAAAGCAAAAACUUUUUUGGGAAUUGGUAGUGAGAAAGGACAAGAAAUAAUAGUUUCAAGUCUUCGUCUCAAAUCAAUUGAGGAUAGUGCUAUAUAUAGCGCUCCUUGUGAAGCACAUUUUACUAAUCCAUCCAUCCAUCCAUCCGUCCCUGUUGCCUUUUAUUUUCAUGUAUUUUUUAUAAAUUUAUUCAAAGUGACAAUAUUGAUUAAUAACGAAACACAUUCCAAGUCUCAACUAAGUUCAUCACCAACUAAACAGAUUGCUUUAUUUUCUGAUAAUGAAAAUUUAAGUUUACCAAAGAUUGCCACCGUAGCUACUAAUACAAUUGACCGUCAUCUGGCAAGGAUCGUUGCGGGCAAUGCAGAAAAUUUACGUGCGCAUCUUGAUUCGAUGUAUAAAUUGCUGCGUCCCGACGAUCGCCUUACCCUGAUGGUCCAAUUGGAAAGUGGUUUUCCAAAUCGUUAUCGUUACCUAGUCAUUGUUACGUGUGUCGGAAGACAAGAAACAGAAGAAUCGGCUAUUCUUGGUUUCGAUGUUGAUACAAACGAAAUUACAAUCGGUAUGGCAUUACCAAUAUGGGCCGAUUUGGAUAUAUCACUCGACGGUGAUGGGGGAUUUAAAUUAACUUCAUAUGAUCGAUGUCACAUUUUCAAGCCGGUGAGCGUACAAGCUCUGUGGACUGCAUAUCAGAGUUUGCACAAAGCAUCAAAUCAAGCUCGUCUUUAUAAUUAUAUAGCUAAUAAUGGUGUAACACAUAGUUGGAUUGAAUAUUAUCGUAAUCCAGAUAUACGUUCAAAUCAAACUUAUGUUAAUGAAUGGAAUCAAAUGGAUGAUAUUUUAUCACACCGUAGUGAUUCACCUCAUUUAUAUCAACCAUUAUCGUCAGAUGAAGAAACUCUUCAUGCUAAAAUUCAUGUUAAAUUAAAAGAAAUUAUGUUACAAGUUGAUCUUGAUGAAGUAACAUCGAAAUUUUUGCGUGAACAAUUAGAAAAUGCCUUUCAAAUGUCGCUUUCUCCUUAUAAACAGUAUAUUGAUGAUGUUAUGUUACAAAUUCUUGCUCAAAUGGAUAAACCAACAAUGAUAUUACCACAUUUAUAUCUUGGGUCUGAAUGGAAUGCAUCGAAUUUUGAAGAAUUAAAAGCAAAUAAUAUUGGUUAUGUAUUGAAUGUAUCACGAGAGAUAGACAAUUUUUUUCCUGGCCAUUUCAAGUAUUUAAAUGUUCGAGUACAUGAUCAUGAUGAUGCCGAUUUAUUAAAAGAAUGGGAAAAAACAUUUCGAUUUAUUAAUGAAGCAAAAGCUAAUAAUCAAUGUUGUUUAGUUCAUUGUAAGAUGGGUAUUAGUCGAUCUGCAUCGACGGUAUUAGCAUAUCUUAUGAAAGAAAACAAUCAUUCAUUUGCUGAUGCUUUGGAACAUGUAAAAACACGGCGAUCAUGUAUUAAUCCAAAUGGUGGCUUUAGAAAUCAGUUACUUAUUUAUGAAGGAAUACUUGCGGCAAAUAAAACAUUUCGAAGCAAAUUAAAUGACAGUCAAACAACAACAACAACGAUUGGAAAGAAAACAGUGACUAUACCCGCAAUAACUUCAUCGUCUAGGAGUACUAAAAUUACACCAAAUAUACCUGUUCAACGUUCGUCAUCAUCAAAUCCCAUAGUUCUUAUGCGAACACGAUCUCCGAAUAAAUCAAGUCCUAUUGUUGUUUUACCUCGACAAACAUUGGACCAUUGUAAACAAACAUCACAUGUAACUACUCGACCGAAUUCCAUGAUUUAA